CCGUUUCUUGGAAGGAUCAACAUGAGCGACAUGAUGGACCCCGUUCCUGUGUCACCCACAGCCUGCUCUCUGAGUAGCCUGCCCCCUCGGGAAUGCAGCGCUUGCCACCUUCAGCUUUCCCGCAAGCGCCGCCAGUCCUGUCUGCACAUCACAGGUUGCUGCUGUUCCGCCACUCGUGGCCCCCACGCAGGCCACAGGUUCUCGCAGGAGGAGACCGUGGGAGGCAAGGGUCCAGGCGCUCGGCCGCUCAGAACAGACUUCCUGAGUUCGUGCAGCAGAAGAGAAGAGAUGCUCCACUCUCUGCCCUGGAGAGCGAAGGGCAGCAUGUUCUGCCUGGGGCCCAAGCGGCAGUGCUGCUGUGGGGCGGGGGCACGCGGGUGCCCCGUGGGCUGCGGCACCAGCCCCGUGCUCGCUCACCGGCCCCUGUGGGCUGGAGGCAGCCCAGAGGCUUGUAGCAGUUUCUGCAGAGGUGGCUCGGGGGCCGUGGAAGAGAGAGCGUUACCUAUCGCCCAGACCCCUGAGUCCAGCUUCUCGGAGGUGAUUUCUGAGCUCUCCCGGCUCUUGCCGAGUGGACUUGGACAGGGCUCCCUUUGGGCGGGUGCCCCGUGGUUUCCCCUCUCCUCUCCUCGUCAGGCUGGCUGUUCGUGUGUCCUGUAUUUUCAGGGACUGACCAGCAAUGCCUGGGAAAGAGGGUGCAGUGUGGGCUCGGGGGGCCUCAUUCACCCCGGCUCUAGAAGGCGGAAGCCCGGCACAUCCCUGGGACACACGUACACUUUGAGAUGUGGCAGGGAGAGUGAGCCUCGACCUGAGGACCUCGCAGGUCCUCGCUCCUCAAGUCAGAGCCGGGUGACCUCGGGUGAGUCGCUGGGAUGCUCCGAACCCGGGUUUACGCAUGCGUGUCCUGGCCCCCGAUUCCUAUGGAUGGAAGGGGCUGACUGGGCUCUUGGUCCCAGCCCCUUCCAAGCACGCACCACGUGGCUGGUGCCCCCUAGCCGCCAAGAGGAAGGCACACUGGGCCGUGAUGCUCAAACACUGAGCACUAAAAAUUAUGCCAGGAAUUCGGUCCCUCUGGUCCUCGCAUCACGAAAAAUGUGGCCCCGGUGCCGGGUGAAUAGCUGGGCGGGAGGCCUCAGGCCGGAGCGCCGCUCCCGUCAACACCGGCGAGGCCGCAGCGCGGCGUGUUUGCCGCAUGCCUGUCCUCUGUGUCGGCGGAGCGUUUCAGGGGCGAUGAACCGGAGCCGCGGGCCCAGCCCACCGAGGCGGGAGAGGGGCCGUCCGGGCCUUUGUUAG